GGACAACUAUCUUCCGUCUUGCUGACCAAUAAUUCCACAAAUCGAAAAAGGAUUGGCAGUUUUAUUCAAAGGAGGAAACCAAGUUUGCGAGCGAGCUAGCUAAGAAGCUAACAUGCACUAAGAGGUGGUUUGUCAGCGCAAAAAAAACAAUUUAGCCGACGCUAGCAGGCUAGCUGGCGAGUACAUAGGCAAGUAUAAUAUCUGGACAACUUUCGGAGAAGAUGAGUGCAGUUAAACAGCCCCAGAGCCACGAGCUUAGCGUCCCGGGACGAGCCGCCAACGUAGACAGCACCAAGAUGGCCGACAUGACCGUGGAGGAGAUGACCAUCAAGGCCAACCAAGUGACCGAUGAGUCGCUGGAGAGCACCAGACGCAUGCUGCAGCUGGCGGAGGAGAGCAAAGAGACCGGUGUCAAGACCAUGGACAUGCUGGACCAGCAAGGGGAACAAUUGAGACGGGUGGAUCAGGGGAUGGACAAGAUCAACGAGGACAUGCGGCAGGCUGAGAAGAAUCUGACCGACCUCAACAAGUGCUGUGGGAUGUGUGUGUGUCCCUGCGACCAGGUGAAGUCUAUUGAGCAUGACUCGAAGUACAAGCGCACGUGGGGCGUUGGCCGCGACGCCAAUGGUGUGGACCCUGGCGAGGGAGGCGUGGUCACCAACCAGCCCCCCGGCCAGCGCAACGGGCAGGUGGGCACGACGGUGGUCGUGGCAUCAGGAGGCUACAUCACAAGGGUAACAGAUGAUGCUCGAGAGGAUGAGAUGGAGGAGAACCUGACUGCGGUGGGAGGCAUCCUGGGGAACCUGAAGAACAUGGCCAUCGACAUGGGCAACGAGAUCGAGAAGCAGAACAAAACCAUCGACAACAUCACCGACAAGGCUGAAAUGAACAAAGUUCGCAUUGAUGAGGCCAACCACAGAGCCAACAAGCUCCUGUAGAGGACCCAUCUUUCUCAGGGAACCCGCUUCCAGUUCGCCGACCUCAACCAGCCUGCCCCAUUGGAGCUGAACUAACUUAUAUGCCCAAACAGACCCCCCUUUAGACUUCCUUUAGGCUAUGUCAAACAACCUGCCCUUCAGGUAACCUUGCCUUCUCUUGAUCGUGCCCCAUUGGAGCUCCCCAUUGGUGCCCUUUCCCUAAACCUAAAUUUGCACCAGUGCUACUGCCCCAGUGCUACUGCCCCAGCAGACCUCCCUGAGAGGAUUUGGCCCUCCAGUCUUGCCCCCAGACCAUCCUGCCCCUCUGGAGCUGCCCACGGUGGUAAGCACCAUGCAGCCUGCCGUAAAAAAGCCCACCGCAAAACCAACCCUCCUCCUCCACCCCCCGUCAGUCUCAGGUGGGCUCCACCGCAACCAACCC